AAGGAGGAGGGAGGCAGGGAAGGAGGGAGGGCCGGCGCUGGUCGCUGUCCUGGGUGUUGAAGGAGGAGAAGGAGGAGGAGGAGACCAAGCCUCCGGCAUGGGGGCCGAGGCGGCGUGAGGAGGAGACCUUGCGGCGGCCGCUUGCCAUGGGCCACGCAUGACCAUGGGGUCGUCGCCUGGCUCCCUCCCGCCUCGCCUCCUGCUUCUCCUCCUCGUCGUCGUCGUCGCCACCGCUGCGGCCGAGGCCAAAUUCGGAUGUCUCUUUGAGGAUGACCUCUGUAAAUCUUUUGAAAUCUGCAUAAAUGAUGGAGUGUUUGGGAGGUGUCAGCAGGUUCCAGUGAUAGACGUAUACAAAUACGAAGUUUCACCACCUACUCUUCAGCGCUUGAAAAUUAUCUUGGAGAAGCUGUUGCACAGAGGUUUUAAAUGGCAAGAUGAUUAUACACAGUACGUUGUUGCACAUGAGCUCUCAAAUCUCCAUAAGAUCCAUGAUUGGCACCCUGAGACGUUCUCAUCAGAAGAGUCUGAUUUACGAAGGACUUCAAAGCAAAGUCCUGAAAGCAACAUGAAUGUAGGCCUGGAAAAGGAUGUGAACUUUGCCAAUUCUCCUCAGCAAUACCUCGCCUACCUGGAUAUUCUCUCCCAAUCUGCAACUCCAAAUUUAUAUUCAAGGACAAAGGGUAACAAAGCCACCAUUAAGACUGAUAACAUCCCAUCUGACAACAUUAUCAAUUACAUGGUGCAGAAUUCUAAAGGAAAAACAUCAACUCUCACCCGCCCAGCAGCAGCUCAUUCAAAAUAUAUUGGAAACUUCCCAGGGAGGACCUUCGGUCAGCCACAGAUGGAUAAGUUCCCACUAAAACCCGAAGAACAAUUUGACCGAAAGGCUCUUUUGGCAGCAUUACAUGCAUACAUCACUCAGAAGGUGCAAGCAAAAAAUCUUGGUGGUGGUGCAUCUGUUAGCAGGACUAAAGAGUCAUCCUCCUAUAGGUUGAAACCUUCUCAGAUUGACCAUCUUGAUGGAAAACUGUUUAAAGAAAAAGCAGGAGAUUUUGAAAUGUGGCCACCAUUCCUACGGAGACCUGGAUCUGGACUGGCAUCUGGUUCUGUUCAGAGUGCUUUGAGAGUUCCUCUAACUCCUGUAGAUGAAAUAUUUAUUCAAGACGUUCUGAGAGACCUAAAGAAAUAUCAUGUGGAUGUAGAUAAGUUGAACCCUCCAGAGCUGGAUGAGAUGGCUGAUAUCAUUGCUGAUGCUAUUCAAGCUGUUGAUGUUGAUGAAGAAAAGAAAAAUGCUGCUGGGAAGCUUGAAGGAGACAGAGCAGAAAAGGGUGUGGAUUCAGUAGGGAAAGGCGAUGAUUAUGAAAUGGGAUUAAUGAAUAAAGGUCAUCACAUGCAAGAUGCGGGAACAUGGAAUAAAGGUGCCACAGACAAGAAGGAGGAGCAACAUAUGGGUACAAAACUACACGAUUUCCUGAAUGAGAAUGUGGCAGCUGGAAACCUGCCUAAGGAGCCUUUGCCUAAAGAGAUGUUCAAAACAGAGAUAAAGAAAUCUGAGGAUUUAGAUCUCUCCUCUUCCUCUGAGGAAGUGAAGGCUGGGAUUGAAAACGUGAAGAGUGAAACAUUCUCAAGGGAACUGAUAGCUGAAAAGAAAGAUGAAUCAGAAGCUAACUCUAAAGAGCUGACUGAGCUUCAUCAUUGGAUUAAGAAUACUUUGAUUCAGGAUGAAAGCACUUAUGAGGAAACUAGAAAAAAGAUGGGAGAAGGCCUCCAGCUAGAUGCAAAGUCUUCUAAGGAAGAGGAAUACGGUUACAUUGUGACAGAGAAAGACCCUCUCAGUGAAGAAAAGGGUUUGGAGUUAAUCAGGGAAGUUGCGGUUCUUCUGAAGCUCCAGAUGACAGCCUUUGCUGAUAUCAACAUUCUGGGGGCAGCUGUGACCUUCAAAGUGCACUCGAAUGCCCUCAAUGUCACCACCGCUGAUGUUGCCAAAGCAGCAGCUGACAACAAAGACAUGCUUGAAAAAACAACAGGACUGAAAAUUGUGCAGAUUGGCAUGGGGGAGAAAAAGAAGCUGCAGCUUUUGCCCCAUCGUGCCCAGGAGGAGGAAGAUACCACCAAGUUCAUCAUCUUGACGCUCCUCUCCAUUGCUUGCAUUUUUGGGGUGCUUGUGGCCUCCGGGGUCAUCUACUGCCUCCGCCAUGGCUCUCACCACAAACUCAAGGAGAAGUUGACUGGCUUGGGUGCUGACACUGGUUCUGAUGCCACUGCUGCUUAUCAGGAGCUGUGCCGUCAGCGUAUGUCAGUAAAGUCAUCGGAUCACCCAGAGCCUCUGCAUACUUCUCGCAUUAACAGCAUAUCUUCACAGUUCAGCGAUGGACCCAUUCCGAGUCCUUCUGCGCGUAGUAGUACUUCCUCUUGGUGUGAAGAGCCGGUCCAAUCCAACAUGGACAUCUCCACAGGUCACAUGAUAUUGUCCUAUAUGGAGGACCACUUGAAGAACAAGAAUCGUCUGGAGAAAGAAUGGGAAGCGCUUUGUGCUUAUCAAGCUGAACCCAAUGCAACAACCGUGGCGCACAAGGAAGAAAAUGUCCAGAAGAAUCGCUCACAAAUUGUAGUAGCAUAUGAUCACUGCAGAAUAUGCUUGAAAGCAGAAAACAGUCACGACAAUUCAGAUUACAUCAACGCCAGUCCGAUAAUGGACCAUGAUCCUAGGAACCCUGCAUACAUAGCUGCUCAGGGUCCUCUACCUUCUACCGUCACAGACUUUUGGCAGAUGGUCUGGGAAAACGGCUGUGUCGUUAUUGUCAUGCUGACACCCCUCGCCGAAAGCGGAGUCAAGCAGUGCUACCACUAUUGGCCAGAUGAAGGGUCAAACCUCUACCAUAUCUAUGAGGUAAAUCUAGUCUCCGAGCACAUCUGGUGUGAAGAUUUCCUUGUGAGAAGCUUUUACUUGAAAAACCUUCAAACGAAUGAGACUCGGACAGUGACGCAAUUCCAUUUCCUUACUUGGCACGACCAGAAUGUUCCUCCAUCCGCAAGGUCCCUUUUGGAUUUCCGCAGAAAAGUAAACAAGUGCUAUCGGGGUCGUUCUUGCCCAGUAAUUGUUCAUUGCAGCGAUGGUGCAGGAAGAAGUGGAACCUACAUCCUAAUUGACAUGGUUCUCAAUAAAAUGGCCAAAGGUGCUAAAGAGAUUGACAUUGCUGCUACUCUGGAACACUUGAGAGACCAGAGACCUGGCAUGGUGGAGACAAAGGAACAGUUUGAGUUUGCCUUGACAGCGGUUGCCGAAGAAGUGAACGCAAUACUCAAAGCACUUCCACAGUGAGCGGCUCCUUCUCCCUCGGCAGUUCCCACCGGGGACUUUCUGUUUCAUUAUCCUUGGUCUCUGUGAAUGUUGUUGGAAACCGUGACCUGACCUUAACUGUGUGUCAGCUAUUGUAACCACAUAUUUGAUAGGGUCUUUAACAACUUCUAUUGCCAGUUAAAGUUCAACAGUUAAUGUGUAUUCUGUUCUUCUUAUACUAUUCAGAAAUAAUAAUAAUAAUAAUAAUAAUAAUAAUAAUACACUGAAGUGACAAGAACAAUCCCUCUCGUUCUUUUACAACCGUGAAACCCCAAAUUCCACACGUCAAAAGCACACAUACACCUUGUUAAUAGGAACUAUAGAUUGUUGUAAUAAGCUGUGCAUUCAGUGUAUUUUUAGCAACGUAGUGUUCACUUAUGUUUUUGUAACUUUUCCAGGACUGAAUAUAAGAAGCAGGAGGCCUCAUUAUAUAUAUUUUAAAAAGAAUUGGGAUUGUUCUUACAAAGGUCAGGCAAGCUCACUGAACAAUGUUUGUGUAUUUGUAAACACAGGCCUGACUUCUUGCCUAGAGAGGCUGUGCCACUUCAUGCUGCACCUUGGCAAAGUGAUGCUUUUCUUAACUGUUGUUUACUUUUUAACUUUGUGCAAUGAAUAGAAGCAUAUUUGAGCUCCAAAUCCAGAGACCUGCACAGUUAUCCACAUCUACGGAGCAAAAGUCGGUCACGUUAGCAAGAGUCCAAGUUUCCAAAGAGCACAUCAAACUUUGAUUAUAUGUCGCUGCCCUAAUGGGGGGAAGGAAGGCAGAAUAAUUGAACUUCACUGGAUUUGAAAGCCCUUGGGCUUACAGUUUAUUGAACGUUGAUUUUCUUUUUCUUUUAAUUAGGGGAGACAUUGCAUCUAUCCUUGUGUUUAUAUCUUGGAGAUUAAUUUCCCUUUUUUAAUAUUCAAAUAUGCACACUAUUUUUAAAGACCAGAAAAGAGAUUCUUCUAAUAGCUGUUCAUAUCAGACUUAAUUGCUAGCAUAUUUAUUCAAAAUUGUAGCAAGCUCCUUGGUAUACUUGUUUUCCUAAAUUUGCAGAAUAAUUUUAAAGCUGGCAUCCCUUGCCUCCAGUUCUGGGCUUCUUUUCAAUUUAAUUACUUGCAAGUGUGUGCUUUCAGGAUUGCUGUCUUUUACUAUGAAAUGGUCAAAUAAAUAAUUCCAUAUGAAUCACAAAGAACGGGGGAUGUGCCCCGUUUCCAGACCCAUCCUAUCCAAUGUGCAAAAUUUGUAUGCCUCUUGCAUUAGUUGGUUUCAGAGGAACUAAAACACGCUAGUGGGAUGCAUCUUCAUUUGCUUGAGCUUUGAAUUAAAAUUUAAAAAAUACUUGAAUUAUUCUGUAGUAUACAAAUUAAUUACUUGUUUUGAGGCUUCUGGCACUUGUUGUAGAUUUCAUUCCAAACUAUGUGUCUAUACAUUUCUAGUCAGUUAAGUUGCUUUUUUUAAAAAGAAAUGUAUAAUUUGGCUAGAACAGAAAGAGCACAGCAUCUUGCGAACGAAAUCAUAUGUUGCAAUUCUUGGACAUAGUCAAUUAAGCACAGCUGCACCUCAUCCUGUUAAUUUCAAUGGGGCUCCCAAGUCUCAUUGACUCACUAAACCCUGUUGCGAUGGAUUUGUUCUUGCAAGUCCCAUUGAAAUAAAUGAAAGAUGCCUAUCUGCAAUGUCCGGAGGACUGGAUCCAUUCUCUCCAAUGUUUAAUGUAAGCAUAAAUGAAUCCUAGUAAUUAAAGUAUUGUUUCAAAAAGC